CACCAGCGCACAUAACUAAUCAGUACGUUGUCAGGGAUUCAUAUGCCUGUGUUCAAAGAGCAGGAUAUAGCAUAUUAUCAGUAAGAGAGUCCGGCCUGAGGCGGCAUGUCUGCGGCACAAUGUGGGUCUGAGGACCUACGAUGAUGAUGAUGAUGAUGAGGUUAGCAGCCGAGACCAUGUGACUGCCCCCGCCAGAUACGUGCUUUCUGCACAGAAGUACCACAGUAACGUAUGAUACUGUACCUAUCAAGCCUUCAGUAUGCUUGCUGGGAUGGAGGACCUGUUGCUGCUGCCGGGAGAGGUGGUUAAAGAUAUGGCUAAGGACAUUUCUUACAUCUGUCCGUUCACGGGGGCCAUUCGUGGAAGCCUCACAGUUACCAACUACAGACUGUACUUCAAGAGUCUGGAACGGGAUCAUCGCUUGAUAUUGGAUGCUCCUCUAGGAAUCGUAAGUCGCAUUGAAAAGAUUGGCGUAUCUACUGGCCGCGGAGAGACUUCUCAUGGAGUUGAAAUUGUGUGCAAGGACAUAAGAAAUUUGAGAUUUGCUUAUAAACCAGACGGGCGCGUCCGAAAAACUGUGUUUGAGAGCCUGAUGGCUUACGCCUUCGCUCUAAAUCAUGAAUUGCCACUCUUUGCCUUUGACUAUAAAGAAGUGUUUGCUGAAAAUGGCUGGAAAGUCUAUGAUCCGAUCACAGAAUACAAAAGGCAGGGUGUGCCCAAUGAAAGCUGGAGAAUUACUAGACUGAAUGAUCGGUACGAGCUGUGCGACAGCUAUCCGGCAAUACUAGUCGUCCCAGUGACUAUGUCUGACGAUGAAUUACGGAGGGUGGCUGCAUUCAGAGCCAAAGAUCGGAUCCCUGUACUAUCUUGGAUUCAUCCGGAGACCCAGGCUACUAUUGUGCGCUGCAGCCAGCCCCUGCCAGGAGUCAACGGGAAGAGGUGUAAGGAGGAUGAGAAGUAUCUGCAGUCCAUCAUGGAUGCCAACGCACAGUCCCAUAAAAUCUUUAUUUUCGAUGCAAGACCUAGUGCCAACGCUAUAGCAAGUAAGUCAAAAGGUGGAGGAUUUGAGAGCGAGGACGCCUAUCAGAAUGCAGAGCUGAUCUUCCUAGAAAUCCACAACAUCCACGUCAUGAGAGAGUCUCUGAGAAAGCUGAAGGAGAUUUCGUAUCCCAUCAUUCAGGAGUCACAUUGGCUAUCAAACCUGGAGUCUACUCACUGGCUGGAGCAUAUUAAGUGCAUACUUUCUAGCGCUCUGAGAAUUGCUGACAAAGUGGAAUCGGGGAAGACGUCCGUGGUCGUUCAUUGCAGCGAUGGCUGGGAUCGGACUCCACAGCUCACCUCGUUGGCUAUGAUCAUGCUUGAUGGGUAUUAUCGGACCAUCCGAGGGUUCGAAGUGCUGGUAGAGAAGGAAUGGCUGAGCUUCGGGCAUAAAUUCUUCCUUAGGGUCGGACAUGGUAACAAGAAUCACCCAGACGCUGACAGAUCCCCAGUGUUCCUGCAGUUUAUUGACUGUGUCUGGCAAAUGACUAGACAGUUCCCUCACGCCUUUGAGUUUAAUGAGCAUUUCCUCCUGACUAUUCUGGAUCAUCUUUACAGCUGUCUGUUUGGAACAUUUCUGUGCGACAGCGAGCAGCAGCGCGUAGAACAGACAGUGCCACUGGAGAGUGUUUCUCUGUGGUCCUAUAUCAACAGCCAACUUGAGGACUUUGCCAAUCCUUUCUUUGUGGAUUACUCCGACCACGUUCUGUAUCCUGUCACCAGUACUAGACAUCUGCAGCUGUGGACUGGAUACUACAUCAGGUGGAACCCAAGAACUAAGCCCCAGGAUACCAUCAGUAGCCGCUGCAAGGAUCUACUGGCCAAACGUGCAGAGCUGCAGAAGAAACUGGACGAGCUUCAGCAAGAGAUGAGCAACCGCUCCCUGUCCUCCGAGAGGGGGGGGUCUGUGGCGUCCGUCACCCAGACCGUGGUAUAAUACUAUUGUACAGGGUGGCUCUAAAGUCUUACUCAAGGCUGGGAAUAUACAUUGACGGUUUGGAUUAGAGUCGUAGUUAGCGGGGCUGAUACAUUAGUGUUACCUUCAUAGCAGAGCAACACAGGCAUUGCCAUGAAAUUGGAAAAAAAAUAUCUGCUUGUGUUCCAGAAACAGCACCCCCCUUGUCCACAGGCUGUGUCUGGUAUUGCAGUACUGAAUUUUUUUCUGACUUUUGUCAUAAAGGAAGUUUCCACCUCCAUCUUCCUAUAAUGUCAUCUCUCUAUCUAUCUCUCUAUCUAUCUCUAUUUGUCCAUUCAUUGUAAUGUAAUCUAUUCUGUCAUCUAAUAUCUAUCCAUAUAUAUUUAUCCAUCUUUCCGUCGUAAUCUAAGGCUACUUUCACAUUAGCGUUUUUGCGGAUACGUCAUGGAUCUGCACAGAUGGAUCCGUUCAGAUAAUACAACCGCAUGCAUCCGUCUGUAUUAUCUUUAACAUUGCCAAGAUGGA